AUGUUCAUUCCUCAAGGUUCAUCGUUAAGUUUUGCUCAAAUGAUGGGCCUUGCACCGAGCAUGCGAAUUUGCACCAUUCCCACUACCGGGCUGAUCCCUUCCAGAACGCUCUCGACCUCCAUGUGCUCCCACUUCUUUCUUGAUGGCCUCCAUUUGCCUCACUCUGCUCUCCAAUCACGACCAUAUAAUCCUACCUGCCAGGGAGAUAGCUUGCCGGUCGGAACUGCCGUAUCAGCUGCCCAGACCAUCUUGAAAGUCACGCCGAAGCCACCUCCAGGCGUCUCAGUGGACCCGUUAAGAAACGAUGGGGAAGACCUCAUGUUCCUGUCCAAGCAUAUUCGCCGACCGAUGGGAUCAGGCCACCCGGUGCCAGACCAGGGUGCCAACUAUUACACUCGUAGCGAAGGCAAGCACAUGCGACCCUUAUUGGUCUUGCUUAUGUCCCAGGCGACAGCUUUGGCUCCGAGAAAACACAAUCCGGAGACGGAUGGAUCAAUAUCCGUCAACGACCCCCCUAUUUCUCUGCCCGCCGAAGCAAAGUACGACUUCUCGUGCGACGACAACAUCCUCCCGUCACAGCGGAGACUGGCCGAGAUCACGGAGUUGAUUCACACUGCAACCCUCUGCCACGACGAUGUCAUCGAUAACGCUCUGACACGUCGUGCCAACAGCUCAGCAAAUUUGGCAUCCGGAAACAAGAUGGCGGUAUUAGCAGGUGACUUCCUGCUUGGACGCGCCUCGGUGGCGCUGGCUCGUCUACGCGACCCUGAGGCGAUGGAGCUUAUGGCGGCCGUGAUUGCUGACUCAGCAGAGGGUGGGUUUAUGCAACUGAGAAACACAGUGGAGGAUGAAUCCAAGCCCGUCUUUACAGAUGACGCCCUCAAUUACUACCUCCAGAAGGCCUACCUGAAGACCGCUAGUCUGAUAAGCAAGUCUUGCCGCUGCGCUGCUGUACUUGGCCGGAGUGCUCCCGAGAUCAUCGAGGCCUCGUACCAGUACGGGCGCAAUCUGGGAUUGGCGUUCCAGCUGGUCGAUGAUGUAUUGGAUUAUACCGCCACCGAAGCCGAGCUGGAUAAACCAGCCGGUGCGAACCUCGAGCUAGGUCUAGCGACCGCUCCUCUUUUGUUCGCGUGGAAGAGCAACCCGGAGCUUGGUCCCCUGAUUGGUCGCAAGUUCCGUGAACAAGGCGAUGUGCAGAGAGCCUAUAAUAUUGUCUACCGCAGCGACGGUGUCGAGAAGGCACGUACCUUGGCUCAGGACUACGCAGAUAAGGCCAUUGCUGCCGUCAGCGACUUCCCGGAUAGUGAAGCCAAGUCUUGUCUGAUCGAGAUGUGCAAGAAGGCCAUGCGCCGAAGGAAGUAA